UCGCGGUGAUGGUUCGAGGAGCUCGAGGAGCUUCAAUGUCUGGUCACAUGACAGAAGACAGUUUUUUCUCCUCUCCAGCGAGCACCGCGCCUGGGGCUGCUGCAUUCGCUCAGCUUUCGUCUAUAAUACCUCGCUGCUCCACUCAAGGGUUUAGCUCGUGCAUAAACGCGCAGCACCGGUCAAAAGCACUCCACAGCAGCUGACUCCGUACAGUUUGUAAUGGGUAUGGACGACGAGGACGUGGACGAAAAGACUCUGCUGUCAGUAGACAGCAAGGGAGCGGGGACCCCUCCGCUGGAGGAAGAGGCGGUGCCGGAGACGAGGAUCGCCCAGUGUCCUCCUCGGCGGCGGCUCCACUGGCUACGGAAGCUGGCGUACGGCGUGGGCCACGUCUUCAACGACCUGGCAGCCAGCAUGUGGUUUACCUAUCUCAUCUUGUUCUACCACAAGGUCAUCGAGCUGGACAACGCCCUGGCCGGUACUCUUCUCCUCAUAGGACAGGUAGUGGACGGACUCUCCACGCCAGUCAUAGGGUACCUGUGUGACAUAACACCAUUCUGGUUCUUUGGGUUCGGGAGGAGGAAACUGUGGCAUAUAAUGGGGACAGUUCUUGUUGCCGUGUCUCUGUUCUUCUUCUGGCACAAGUGUCUCCCGUGCAAGUCCCACAGCACCCCGCUUGGCUGGGAGAUAGUGUGGUACGCAGUGUUCAUUGCCAUCUUCCAGUUUGGGUGGGCCUCCGUGCAAAUAUCGCAUCUCUCCCUCAUCCCUGAGCUGACAGACGAUGAGGAGGAGAGGGUAGGGCUCAAUGCUAUCAGGUGAGUUUACAUAGCAAAGAGUGUUUACUACCUCUUUCUUAACCCCCAAUAUGGAUGUAUGUAUACACAUGCUGGGUUUUUCCAUAGAACUAGUUUCACGCUACUCUCCAACCUGGCAGUGUUUGUGACCAUGUGGGUCCUCCUGAAUGUGGCAGACAAGAAAGAGUACAUAGGCCCUGCUGCUGAAUGGAGCUUCUCUGUAAGUCUGCAAACACACCACAGAGUCAUUCUUAGACUUUGCCAAUAAACAGUUGAGUUCACUGUUUUGUGCUGUAUUUGGAGUUGACCCAUUAGUGUGACCAAGUGAAAAAUUGUGUAUUGUUUAUAAUAUUGUCAGUCCUAUAUAGUACACGUUCUAAGUGCAUGUGAAGGUUCUGUUUGACAGAAUUUUUCCACUGAUUGACAAAACGAUUUUUUGUGCCCUUCUUGUUUGGUACUUCUGGGGAACCUAACCAUCUUAGGGAACUGUAUCACUUCUGUUCUGUUGUGUGACGUGGUUGUCCUAGAAAUAGACAAAGGAGGUCACUCUCUUCUGUGUGUGUGUGCGCGUGUGGAGCAAGUGCUCAACAAUGACUUUGACUUGUUGGCACUUUGCACUGUUUGUCUAUCCCAUUGAAGAACAUUGUUGUAGAAGCUUCCUUUGUAUAGUGUCUCUACCCUAAAUUAUUAUAGUGUGUGUCAGCUCUGUCUCAUUUACACUUUCUCCCUCUCCCCCUCCCCUCUCCCUCCCUCACCAUGCCACCUCGCAUGUCAAGGGUGCAGUGUUAGGGAUAAUAUUCUUUGGACUCAUAUUCUCUGCCAUAUUCCACCUGGGGACAGUGGAGCCGUGCUCCCGAGCACAGCAGAGAGAGGAGAAACAGGACGGAAAGAGGGUUGCCUGGUUCCAGUGGUUCCUGAAGCCUCAAUUGUACAUGGUGGCAGGGAUAUACAUGGGUACUCGACUGAUAGUGAAUGUGAGUCAGGUGUACACACCACUCUACCUGGUGGACACUCUCCAUCUACCCAAGGAGAGUGUGGCCAUCGGACCACUGGCAAUAUACAUCAGUGGAUUCCUCACUACCCUCUUCCUCAGAGUAAUCAACAAGUUCAUCGGAAGAUAUAUGACAUACUUUUGUGGUUUGGCUCUGACUUGGGGAGCUCUCCUGUGGUUCUGGAUGCAAGAAGCUCCGGCCCAGACAGAGCACCCUCAGGUCGAGCAGAUCACAGUGUAUGGCUCCACUGUAUUGCUGGGAGCUGGGGGGUCGACUGUACUCGUUACCUCACUCUCCAUGGUGGCUGACCUCAUUGGACCUACUGUGGGAAGUGGUGCCUUUGUCUAUGGUCUGAUGAGCUUCACAGACAAGGUAUCCAACGGAGUUGCCGUGCAGAUUGUUCAAGCUCUCCACCCCUGCAAGUCCACUAAUCCGAAGCAUGUUUGUUGCUCUGCGUGUGCCAAGUUCUAUCGGAUAGUGUUGUCGGCGGUACCAGGAGGAGCAACCCUGUGUGCACUCAUCUGCCUGGCCAUACUCACUCUCUACGUCUACCGCCGCACCAGGCAGCUGAGAGAUCCAACUUUUGACACAUCAGACUAAUUUGUAUCGUCACAAAGAGCAUGUAUCCAAGAAAUAGCAUAAUCAAGUCACUUUUCAAUUUUCUUCUUCUUCUUGUUGUUCAGUUUCAACAAGCGUAUCUCA